AAAACCUAAAUACGUUGGAUCGCAACUGGUGAAAAGGGCCGAUGGACAUGUUGUGGUUCUGGUUCCGCCACUAACUAACAUAGACCUUCACAGGCAGAAGAUAGCAGCAAUAAGCAACACGAUGAGGAGACUCCUGAUAGCCGCAACGGCAAUAGCUGGAGCCCUUGGCGGCACUGUUGCUGCGCCAGUAUUUCCCGGUGGACGUCGAUUAGAGGAUUCCGCCACGUUUGAAUACAACGACUUGUCCACGUACAGCGUUGUCUUUGAAAAGUGCCAAUUCGUCAAGGCGUACGAAGACGAAGUGGCCGAAGAUGAAGACAAUGACACUCCACUGGCUACCAAACACUUUGUCGUGUAUCGUCUGUGUCCUAGCGACUCUUGUGAAAAUAGCUGUGAAGAGAACUAUGGAACCUACGUCGUGGAGGUGGAUACGUAUCUACAAACCACCAUUGAGUAUCAAACACAAGCCUUUGAAGACAUGUGCGACAACUGCGAUGAAAAGUGCAACGAAGAUGGAGGCUACUGCAGUGGCUGUGGUCUCAUUUGCUAUAACUAUGAGAAUCUGGAAAACAAUGGUUAUGUCGAUGCCGCCCAGUUUGUCGAAUGUCAAGAACUAGAGUACGGUGACGACGAUGGUCUUCAGCUCUACAUUGGACCCACCUGUUCUUCCGGAGGAGACAAGAUUGCAGUUGGAUUGUUCUCGGAUGAAAACUGCUGGGAACCAUACACUGAUUUGGACGUGGAAGAGGUUCUGGGCGGCAAGCUGUCUUAUCACCUCCUCUCACACGCUUCCAAAGAUGAAGGGACAGUCUGCUUGACGUGUCUAGAGAGCAAUGACGACGAAGAUGAACAAAACGAUCAGGAUCAAGCAGAUUAUGACGAUGUCAAUGAAAUGUGCGAGAAUCUAUACUAUGCUGCUGCCAAGUGCGAAUCCAAGACUGGCCUAGAGGGUGGCUUUGUCCAGACCAACCGGGAAGAUCAAGAUUAUGAGAAUCAGGUUGAGAAUGAAUUCAUGGCUUGUACUUUUAUCAACUCGCUUCUGUGGGGCUCGUACACGGAAACUGGAGAAAUUGACAUUGACAGCAAACGAGAUGUGGUCAUUCAACAAGCUACUCCACUGCAAAUCUUGUCCUUGUCAUUGCUGUCCUUGUCACUGGUAGGACUUGCCGGAGCAAUUGUAUACCUUCGGCGUAGAAUUGAUACACAAUUCCCAGAUACCAAGACCAGUUUUGUUGCCAAUCCUGGUGGACAACUGGCAUAGCAACAACAACAAGCAAGCAACCAAAGUUUAGUAGUAGCCGUCCAAUGAUAGAGUGAUGUAGGUGUGCAUGGGAACUCUACCUGGUACAACAAAAAUACAAUCAAAUAUGUAAAAUUAAGCCUCGACAAAAGACCUAUAAACAGUAACGUGUGUGCAUUGAAAGCUUGUUGUGGGAAGAACGCUUUGGGCUUGGAGAGCGUUACGGUACCGGUAGUACCCAUAACUUGCUGGUUGCGCCAACUGAUUGUUGCUCUGACUUGGGCUUUGGAGCAGUGGACCAGUACGGUACCGGUGCUGCGCUUGGACUGUCACUGUGGCAUUGGCCAAUUGGGAGGAGAACCCCAACAGAUACUACCGUAGAAGCGCACUACUACAAGGAAAGCUAAACUAUGGAAUGUUAAUAAUUUAGCAAACAUUAUUGCCAGUGUUUC